CUCCCCGACGCAGAAGAGCCCUCGCAGGGCUUCGCGACCCACACCGCGUUCGACGCGUACUUCCAGCUCGCCUCCAAGCCCGCACGCACCUCCGCCAACGUCUUCUCCGCGCUCCUCCCCGCGCUCUCCCCAGAGGAGUUCGCCGCGGCCCUCUCGACCGCCCGCUCGACCGAGCGCACACACGGCCUGCGCCCAGCGCUGUGGAACGACGCGCGCACGUGUAGGGCGGCGUACCGCCGCUUCCGCUGGGAGCUCGACGAGGGCUUCAACCUGCUGUUCUACGGGUACGGCUCGAAGCGCGUGUUCCUGAACGCGCUCGCGGGGUGGCUCGCGGAGGAGGGCGCGCACGUCGUUGUGGCGAACGGGUUCCAGCCGUCCUUUGCGUUUCGCGACCUGUUGGGCGCGAUCGAGCGCGUCCCGGGGGUGCUUGGGGACGAGGGCGAGUCUCCUGCGGGCGGGCUGGACGCGCAGGUGCAGCGCAUACACGCGUUCUUCUCGCAGCCUCGACACUCCCCGUCCACCGCAUCCUCCUCCCACGUCUACAUCAUCGUACACAACAUCGAGGGCGCCGCGUUCCGCGCGCCCAAGCACCGCUCCGCCCUCGCGCUCCUCGCCCUCGCCCCCCGCAUCCACCUCUGCGCGUCCUUCGACCACGUCGUCGGCGCGCCCCUCCGCUGGUCCCUCUCCGACAUCUUCGCGCGCAAGCCCGACCCCGCCGCCUCCCCUACCCCAGCUGACGAACAACGCCCCCCGCGUGGCCCCGCGCAGAAACGCGGCUUCGCAUGGCUCUGGCACGACCUCACCACGCUCGCGCCAUACGACUUCGAGCUCGCAUACGCAGACCCGACGGUGCUCACCGGGGCGUCCGUGCUCCGCGGCGCCCGCGCCCCCGCCGCGUCGUCUGCGGCGGCGGGCGCAGCCCCAGGCGCGGGCGCGGGUAGGGGGGCGAUGACGGAGACCGCGGCGCGGCACAUCCUCGCGAGCGUGACGCAGAAGGCGAAGAAGCUGUUCGUGCUGCUUGGGGCGAAGCAGCUCGAGGUCAUGGACACGCCCUCGCAGCCUGGUGCAGCGGGGGAGGCGGACGCGGGGGCGGAGGAAGCGUAUGAUUACGACAGGCUGUUCGCGGCGGCGCGCGACAACUUCGUCGCGCAAAACGACACUGCGCUGCGCGCGCUGCUGGGUGAGUUCCGCGACCACGGGCUGGUCGUCGCGCGGCCUGCGCCGGGGGGCGCGGGUGAGGCGUUGUGGAUCCCAUUGAGAAGGGACGCGCUCUUCAAGGUUGUCGCGGAUUUG